AUGUCAACUCUAUUUACUCCUUGUGAUAAAGAAUAUGAAUCAAGGCUUGAUGCAAAAUAUGAAGCAAGACUUGAUGCGGAAUAUGAAGCAAAGCUUGAUGAGGAAUAUGAAGCAAGGUUUGAUGAGGAAUAUAAAGCAAGGCUUGAUAAGGAAGAUGAACCAAGGCUUAAUGAGGAAGAUGAACCAGAAUCACAAUUAUAUGAAUCUGAACCAACAUUACAAUUAGAUGAAUCUGAAUCAACAACACAAGAAUCGAAUAGCAGCA